UGACUUUUUAAAUAGUUGUUUCAAGUCAAUGUUACAGGAAUCACUAACAACUUGAGUAAUAGGUACAUGGGAUACAGGCUCCUGUGGCUACAGGCUCCUUGGUUUAGUGAGAAAAUGGACAACAAAGAGAACAAAUAAUUGAUAUCUUUGUCUUGCCAGAGGUAUCAUGAAAAGUCUCAGAUGGACUUUAUGCGUGGACUCCUUGCUGCCAUGGGCUUUGAUUGUUCCCGACGUGCAAAAUCUACUGCUCAAAGCUCGCCAGCAGAGGCGACAGUGGUACAUGUUGCCAAGGAGAGCAGCCCUCAGACGUGUAGUCUUUCCCUGGACCUCGACCCACCGCACUGCCAGAGCUGCAUCUCCUACGAGGCUCGGCUGCAGCGCCUGGUCUGCGGACACUUCUACUGUGACCAGUGCAGGGGUCGCAUCAUUAACCAGGCUUUCAAGGACAUCGAGGGCCUCUCGGACUACCCCUGUCCUAUGUGCAACUCUAUCCGUCAGCUGGGAGGCACAGUGCCUGAGCCACGGCUCCGCAGUAAUAGCACCCCCACUGUGUCUGUGGGCUUCAAUGAUCCCUCCUCCCCCACAUCCUCACCGUAGCUCUGUUAAUGCAGGUCAUCAGGGAAGAGGAAGAAAAGGACUCUGUGACUUGAAGUAAGAUAGUAGAAAGGCACUUCGGAGUCUGUUUUAGUGGAAAAACAGACAAUCAGAGAUUCUGGGUUUUUAGGAGAACUGAUUUCUCAUGAGGAAGUGUGCUCCAGCAAAUUACGCUUUUCUUUUAAUUCUUUCAUAACGGAUGACAUUGGAAUCAGUGAGGGUUGUUUUUGGCUGCUUUAUUGCAUUUUAUGUAUACAAAUCUAAAUAGAAACCUACAUUGAGUAAAAAAGUAACAAUUUAAAACUGGUCAUAUAAAAUACAUAAGGACUGUAUAAAACAAAGUUUAUAUAGAUCACAUUUUGUACAAAUGGAUUUAUGAAUCAUGCACAACUUGAUAAGCGAGAAGGCAGGGUAAUAACAUGACUGAACAGUCUAUAAAAAGAUUGCAACCUGUGUUAAAAGGAAUAACACGCAAACAUUAGUCCCAAGUUAUAUUAAGUGUCGCUAAAACAUGUAUUUACAUGGUAAUUACACAGAUAGGUUUAGUGUAAUUACAGUGUAGGUACACAUUAACAAUCUGGUAAAUUACAUUUAUAAAAGUAUUGGAUUUGGAAAAAAAAUGAAAUUGGAAACAAUGUGAACAAUAUACCUGCCAAUAUAAUUAAUUACCAUGUAAGAUUGGUUGUUUUAGCUACACUUUAUAUAAAAGUGGGACCCAAACAUUAAAAAACUCCAUUUUUUAACAAUGUAUGUGAUUAAUGGUGAGCAGACAACUGCCAUAAAAACCAUCUGUAACACACCAUUACAUACACUUAAAAGAAAAAUACAAAAAAUAUAUAUGAGUCACACAAAUAAGCAUGAUGGGAGAAUACACCUACCAGACACUUCAUGAAAUAUGAUUUCCAAUAGCUAAGACAAAUACAGUCAGGUAUCUACUUGCAGCCAAGUGUCAGCCUCCUCCUGGCAGAGGCAACCAGGGUUUUGGCUAAAAAUUACAAGUUCAUGAUGCCAUUGACCUUAACAAGGGCCCCAGGACAGGUCAGAUUACAUGAAAAUAGAGCUCUUUGGCCACGCACACCAGUUGUGGGUUUGGCGUUGAAAAACAGAAGCAUUAGCAGAAAAGUACCUCAUAUCUAUGGUAAAAUAUGGUGGUGCAUUUUUUAUGUUAUGGGGCUAUUUUGCUUCCACUGGUCCUGGGGACCUUAAGGUCAACGGCAUCAUCAACUUUACAAAGUACCAGGACGUUUUAGCCAAAAACACUUGGGCGCAAGUGAAGGAUGACACUUGGUUGCAAAUGGAUCUUCCAGCAAGACAAUAACCCCAAGCACACAUCAACAUCCACAAAGAAAUGGUUAAUUGACCACAAAAUCUACAUUUUGCAAAGGUCAUCUCAGUCUCCGGACUUGAACCCCAUUAAAAACCUGUGGUUUGAAUUGAAGAGGGCAGUCCAUAAGCGCAGACGAAGGAUAUCAAGGAUCUGGAAAGAUUCUGUAUGGAGGAAUGGUCUAAGCUUCCUCCCAAUGUGUUCUCCAAUCUUAUAAAACAUUUUAGAUAGAGGCUCUGUGUCAUUAUCCUUGCAAGGGGAGGGUGCUGGAGUUUUACCCCUAUCUUUUUUAUUUUUUUAUUUUUUAUUACUGGUUAAACGAAAGUUCCUGCUCUGAGCAAUUAUAUUAGUAUAAAAUAAUCAAAUUUCCCCUUUUUUUUAACCAUGAAAUAUAGCUUAGUAUUUGUAUUAUUUAUUUGAUACAGUCUUUUUUGCUCAUCUUUUUUUAAGGGUGCCAAUAAUUAUGGACCUGGCUGUGUAUGUUUUAACAAAAGGUACAUUUCUUAAUUUAAUUAGGACAAGCAUACAAUGGAUUGCACUUCAAUUGAUAUGGCUUUUGUUUGUAGUAACAGGUGCCAGGUCUAUAGAAAUUAAGAACCACGGGAAAUGCCUUACCCUGGCUUGGUAGGAAAACUAAAAACACUAACCGAUACUGUCAAUGAAAGAAGAAGCAAUGUAAAUGCUAUCCAAUGGGCAUCUCGUCAACUUAUUUUGCGCUGCUGUUGCUAUUGGGAUAUGAUUACAUUCAGGAAAGUUAGGGCAAGUUAGCUAAAUCUUUUUCUCUGCUUAUUUUCUUAAAACAAAUACCAUAGACAAUUCCAUCAAGAGACAUGUAAAAAGUAGGAUACAAUGUUAAACCCAAGAGGACAUUGGGACUAUGAUACAACAUUAGCGUGAUGUUUGGUGCAUUUUAUUCGCAUUCAUUUUUUACUGUAGCUGUCAGUGUGAUAUUGCCAUUGUGAUAUGAAAUAGGCAUUUACUGGUAUUCAAUGUGAACAUGUGUGUAUUCUCUGUGUGUUCUGACCCCUGAAUAAAUGUGUUUUCUAAAAUGG